CCUUAGUGUACGAGACCUGUUUGUUUAGAGCCUCCUUUUUUCCAACCUCAACCAACUUAUUCCUUCCAAGACUACACCGCAUCUCCGCCUCCAUUCACUUGGUAGAAGGAGCGUUACGAUCGUUAUCAUCACUUUCACUUUUCGCUAUCACCACAUUACUCUGAAGACGAAUCUUACGACGAUUAUCCCUCGCUCGACUGGCCAAGCCACUGCACCAACAUCACAUCGAAAUAUCGAUACAAUACACUUAGGAAGACAAGAUGGGGUUCGGAGACUUCUCCCAGAUCUGCGAGCAGGCGCCCGUACCAUUAUGCUCUGUCGUCGGCGCCAUAUCGCACAUCGCAGGCUCGCACGGAAUCGAAGCAGACUGCUAUGCGCGAAACAUUGAGUUGGCCAACACCAUCAUCUUCCAGGGCGCGGCGUCAUUCAUGCAUAUCGUCGCAUUGAUUAUGACCGUGAUCAUGAUCUUGCACGUUCGAAGCAAGUUCACUGCUGUCGGUCGCAAGGAAAUCACCUUCUUCUUCUACAUUUACAUGAUGCUGACCUUCAUAUCAUUGGUUCUUGACUCUGGUGUUGUCCCUCCCGGCAGCUCAGCAUAUCCUUAUUUUGCUGCGGCCCAGGGUGGUCUCGUCUCGUCACUUUGCGUCUGUCUGAUGAUCAAUGGAUUCGUUGGGUUUCAAUUAUACGAGGAUGGCACAGCGAUUUCCGUCUGGCUCCUUCGAGGAGUCAGCUUGGGUGCGUUCAUUAUCACCGGAUUCAUCUCACUGGCGACAUUCAAAUCAUGGGCUGGCCUUGGCCCGACGAAGACGAUGGUCAUGUUCGUUUUCCUGUACUUGGUUUCCGGGCUUGAAUUAUUGGUCUACUUCAUUAUGCAAAUCCUUCUCGUCGUCCAAACAUUGCAGGAACGCUGGCCACUGGGAGACCUCGCCUUCGGAGCAUUCUUUUUCAUCAUUGGACAGGUCAUCCUUUAUGUCUUCAGCAACACAAUUUGUAAUGCUGUGCAGCAUUACCUUGACGGGCUUUUCUUUGCCACCAUCUGCAAUCUCUUGGCCGUCAUGAUGGUUUACAAGUACUGGGAUUCGAUUACCCGCGAGGAUCUCGAAUUCUCUGUCGGCACCAAGCUCAACAACUGGGAGGUGAAGGAGCUUCUUCCAGAAGACGAGCGCCGAAAUACAAUUUACCAAGAUACCGAGUACUCCAGCAACAUGUACAACCACCCGCAGCAAGCACGAAACUCCAACUAUGGAGGUUUUGCCUACUAAACCUAGAUUUUAGCAUUGGAUUAUUAAAGAGCUGAAAGCGGUUGGAGAAAAGCAAGAUCCCUGAUUUUGAUUGCAUAGCGUGGAUUUGGUGGUUUGACUCUUUGAAGUGGGAUGGCGUUCGUCUGGCAAUUUGUUGAUUGGAAGUGUACAUACUGUACUUUGGAUGGGUGGUUGGACAUCAGUGAGAUGUUGGAUUAAGGGCUAUGGCGUUGGGACUGCCAUGAGCAAGCAGGCGUGCAUGUUUGUAGAUAAGACCUUGUCAAUCACUAAUAGA